CCCCAGCUGGAUGGAUGCCCUAGGCUCAGAUGGGGCCCCUGGGAGGCAUCCGCCCCCUCCACCCCCAUAAAAGGCCCCCAUCACACCCGGCUCAGUGUCCAGUCUGCGAUUACCAUGGCCCGCUUGGUGGUUCUGCUCCUUUUGGGGGCUGCGGUGUGUGCGGCGCAGCCCCGCGGCCGGAUCCUGGGCGGCCAGGAGGCCGAGGCCCACGCGCGGCCCUACAUGGCGUCGGUGCAGGUGGACGGCAGACACCUGUGCGGCGGCGUCCUGGUGGCUCCACAGUGGGUGCUGAGCGCCGCGCACUGCCUGGAGGAGGCGGACGGCAAGGUGCAGGUGCUGCUGGGCGCGCACUCCUUGUCACAGCCCGAGCCCUCCAAGCGCCUGUACGACGUGACUCGCUCAGUGCCCCACCCGGACAGCAGUCCCGACACCAUCGAUCACGACCUCCUCCUGCUUCAGCUGUCUGAGAAGGCGGUGCUGGGCCCGCGCGUGCGCCCUCUGCCCCUGCAGCGCCAGGACCGCGACGUGGCGCCCGGGACUCUCUGCGAUGUGGCCGGUUGGGGCGUCGUCAGUCACACGGGUCGCCGACCCGACCGCCUGCAGCACGUGCGCCUGCCGGUGCUAGACCGGGCCACCUGUAACCUGCGCCAGUACCACGACGGCACCAUCACCGAACGCAUGAUGUGCGCGGAGAGCAACCGGCGUGACAGCUGCAAGGGUGACUCUGGCGGCCCGCUGGUGUGCGGGGGCGUGCUCGAGGGCGUGGUCACCUCGGGAUCCCGGGUGUGUGGCAACCGCAGGAAGCCGGGGAUCUACACGCGCGUAGCCAGCUACACAGCUUGGAUCGACAGCGUGCUGGGUGCAGCGGCCUGAGCGGGACUGCAGUAACGAGCCCAGGAGCCAUAAUAAAUGCUUCCAGAGCUGUCUGGGUUGCCUAACUACA